GGUGCAACUGUAAUCAAAGCUUGUCUUCACAGAGUUCUCUACAUGUGGGCUGAAAAAAGCACCUGCUCAAGUAGAUUGGAUAUUACCUUCUAUUAAAAACACAUAAAGCGUGAAAAAAGAAGACAACGGCUAGUUUCAGUGGUUUACUUUGAAGACUUUCCUGAGAUCUACACAUAACAGCUUCUACAAUGAAAAAAGCAAAAGGCGUGCCGGAGGGGGAGAGAACGAUUGUGCUCCGACAGAUGAAGGUGCGGACGGCUCUAAAGGGGGAUUUCAGCUGGAUCAACAAUAAAAAAACUGAUGAAGAUGAUGAGGAAGAAGAAGGGUUGGCCAAGGAUGUGCCAGUAAAAGCGUCCUAUUCCAAUGGAGUCUCUUCAGCGCCCUCUGCCUCCUCCAGCACUUCCGAAAGCAGUUCAACAAGCCAGAAGCCUUCCCCUUCAGGAUACAUAAUCAGAGGUGUUUUUACUAAAACAAACGAUACCACCCAUGCGUCUCCAGCCUCAACCUCAUCAUACGGCUAUGGCGAAAGUGUGAGAAGCUCCAACACUUCUACUCCACAGUACUCCCCGCUUAACAAGAGAUCCGCUGAGCACUAUAAGAAAAUAGCUCCCCACAAUGUGCGUUCCAAAGCAGCCAGCCCUGCCCCUGAGGAACCCCCCUCUUCUACAGAGGAGCACACCAAGAGGACGGAGGCUGCCAACAGUGUACUAAAGAGUUCAGCGUCCAAGGAGCGUUCGUACGUCUUAUCAGCAGUGAACAAAUACAGCAGUCCUGAAAAGCUGUCUAAAGACCCCUCCUUUUCUUUUGUGGCUAAAAGGGUGGAGAUCAGCGAUGAAGAACCAGAAGAGGACUGCGACACGUCACCACGGAUCACACCAAAAAUCAACUUGAACCAGAAGCCAACUGCCACCCCCCGCAAGCUCAGCUCCAGCACAGAAACAAUAACCCAGACCAUGAUAACAAAGAAGGAAUCGGUGUCCGAAACUCCAAAACCCUCAACUGAGCCCGAGACAAAGAGCUCACAGGACACCAAGUCACUGUGGGAUCAAUGGGAUUUACCUGCAGCAACUGAGACUGCCACCACAACUGUCACUGAGAAAAGGUCGCAAGGCACUAAGUCAGCCUGGGACAAGUGGGAUGUUCCUGCAGCCACUGCGACUACAAUCACAACUGUCACGGAGAAAAGUUCACAGGACACCAAGUCACUGCGGGAUCAAUGGUAUUUACCUGCAGCAACUGAGACUACCACCACAACUGUCACUAAGAAAAGCUCACAAGACACUAAGUCAGCCUGGGACAAGUGGGAUAAACCUGCAGCCACUGAGACAGCAAUCACAACUGUCAAAGUGAAAAGCUCAGACGACACUAAGUCAGCCUGGGACAAGUGGAAUGUUCCCGCAGCCAUUGAGAUUACAACCACAACUGUCACUGAGAAAAGCCCCAGCAUACAAACUCAGACCACUGUCACAAAGAAGGAAACAGUGUUUGAGACUGAACCUGUGGCAGAGAGUGCCUUCAAAAUUGCUAAAGAAACCAAGCAAGAUCCAUCCACUGCCUCUGAUUUAAUCAGCUUCGGCAUGGAAGAGAAUACUUCUGUCACCAGUAUUCAUACAACAAAAUACCAAACAGAAGACCCAGUCCACAAAACAUUUGACAGCAGCGAUCUGACUAAUAUAACUACAGCUACAACAACACAUUGGUCCGAAACUCCUGACCCAGAAUACAAAAAGUUAGUGAUGGUGAAGGGGUAUGUGAAUUCAACAGGAUUUAAUCCCUCAGAGUACAGCAGCAUAAACAAGUAUGACGACAUCACCUACAGCCACUCAAACUAUUCCUACAGCAGCCCUUCGGCAAUGUAUAGAAGUUCUGGAACAUCAUCUUGCACGUACUGCGGUGAGAUGGUUGGAGAUGAUGCCAGAAUCACAAUUGAGCAUCUCAAUAUUUACAGCCAUCCAUCUUGUUUUAAGUGUGGAGUGUGCAGCAAGCCCAUGGGUGAGUUGCUGGAGAGCAUGUACAUUCACAGAGGCCAGGUGCACUGUGACAGCUGCUAUGACAAGGUAUUUUAGGUAUGAAGAUCUAGACAAGAGACUUUAUAUUAAUUUUACAGAUUCUACAAGCAAAUACAAGGCAGCGUAAUUCACUAAAACAAUAUUAAAAGGUGUACAAACCUAGGAUUUAAAAAUCACUUUACUUAGCACUACAAAAUUGUCAGACUCUUUUUAUUUCAAAAGGUUUGUUUAUCUUCAGCAGUGAAUGGUAAUUUCCUUUGUUACAGAUAAUAGGACCCUAUCUCACCCUACUUUUGUUUUUUAAUACCUGUAACACAGGAUGUGAACUUAAUAUUUGUGGCAGUAAAAAGUGGUUUCAGUGUAAACAGUCUGGCAAACAACAAAGCAAUAAGAUGAAUAAAGUUGCAUUACAUUAUGUUACACAAUGCUGCAAUCAGUAUUCAGACCAUACACACUGUCACAUUUAUUAGUUAUUGCAAACACUGGUGAUUUAACUUCUAAAAGCCUUCCAAUCAUUAAGGUAUUUCUCUGACAUUCAUCUAACAAGUGCAAAAUGAAAUUGAUCUAUGCUUUCUCAAAAUACUUUUUUAGUGCCAACAAAUUGUUUCAGGACUAUAAUGGUAAAAUUAACAUUAUAAUCUUUAUUUACUAUAUUAGAUGCACUUUUCUCAACUAACAAUAGAUGGCAGUAUCAAGUUUCAUGGCUUUCAGAUUUAGUGGCCUCGGCACAAGGCUUUCUUAUAGGGCGUUUAUAGGUUUCUGGUCCCCAAUAGCUUUUUUGAACUUUAUAUUUAAAAGAUAAUAUACAGCAAGGAAAAUAAUGCAAAUUUAAUUACCAAACAUCUUUCCCAAAACCUAAGACAUUACUACUAUGUUAAUAAACUGCAAAUAUUUACAUUUACACAUCUCUCUUUGGUUUGCUCUUAGUAGUACUCAGUUUAAGGGGAUGGUUUGGAAAAGUAAUUACAAAGCCUCUAGAGGGUGUUGUAGUUGUAGGAUGUAUUUCAAAUGUCUGAAGGUUAACAGAAAAGUUUCUGUUUUCAAAGAAGUAUUUAUGAUGUAUGCGAUAACUGUGAGGAUUUACAAAUAAAAUGUUAAAAGAAAA